CUGUGGUAUCUCUUUUGGUUAUUCGUUGGCUCUUGUCUGUUAAAAUAAGUAAAAUUCCUCGGCCUUGGCAUAUACAGUCCUUGGCUAUGCCUAUGGGAGUUCAAGUCACGAUAUUCUAGAACAAUUAUUACCCACCAUGAGUUCACUGACCAGCACCCUUGGCAACAGCGCACCGGACACGGGGACACCCAGUUUCUGCCAUCAAUAUUAUUAUGGCGCGAAUGACUUUAUUCACAACGGACGCUAUGGAGUCAUCUAUAAAGCAACCCUAACAAACAACUUAAGCCCCGCUUGUGGAGCCUCCGUUGCUAUCAAAGUUAUGCAUUUGUUUCCAGGAUCAUAUGACGAUGAAGAAAAAUUCACCCGAAGUUUUAAAGUCAUAAAGCAACUUCGACACGCAAACUUACUGGUGUAUCACGAUAUCAGAGUUUUUUCAACAGAAAACGGCACCACGAUUGAAUAUAUGAUGGAUUACUGCUCAGAUAAAAACCUGGGUGGACGUAUAGCAAGGUUUCAAAAACACGCGAUGAUUCCCAGCGCUACAACAGUUCUAACGUAUGUGACGCAGAUAGCUUCGGGUUUAAGUUUUUUGCAUGACAGAGACUUAAUCCAUUUGCGCAUAUCACCCUGGACUAUACUAAUUAGACAAAUGAACCAUGCGGACGAAAAAUUACUGAUCGGCAGCCUGGAUAAUGUUGUGCACCAGCUCGACGAAGCUACCCAGAGCUCGCGAAUCGACAAAAAUUUCGAUGAGUGCGCCUCCCCUGAAAUCCUGAAAUAUUUUCGUCGGGAAUUUAUGGAUGCACAAAAUAUGGAAAAUAUUGCAGUUCCAGGAAUGGAAAGUGAUAUAUGGAGCUUGGGAUGCAUUUUUCUGCAGUUGGCUAACUGCAUAAUAGGCAGGCACGAAAUGGCUUUCUGCAGAGAUGGUAGAAGGCCAGUGGUCGAGUCUGGGCUUGCAUUCCCUCGUUAUGUUGUCUUGAUUCUGGAAGGCUUUAGUCCUUAUAUUUCCGAAGUGCUACCGGAUGCUAUACGAAGCUGCAUUUGUGACUGUCUGCGCAGAAACAUCCAGCAAAGGAUAACAGCACCGGAGCUUGAUUCGCGUUUAACUAAAAUGAUCACAGAUUUGGAACUGCCACAAGAAUCGACCAUUUGCGACGAAUUCCUUACUUCGGAUUUCGAUUACAGUUACGUUAUUGACAUCUCAAGAGGCUGUAUUGGGCGUGGUUCCAAUGGCGCUGUCUACAAAGUUCAUUUGCCGGGCCAUAAUUCUUUUUCGCAGGGCACGGCGGCUGUUAAGGUCAUCAAUUUUAACGAAGAAGACGCUCCUGGUUCGGAUAGAUACGCAAAACUCCAGAAGAAAUACGAAAAGCUGGUUAGGCUGAAGCACACCAAUUUGGUAAAAUAUUAUCAAGCCAAGCUCAUCAAAGGAGAGCAUGGUCUUACUGUCCAGCUGUUGAUGGAUUACCAUUGCGGUGGUUCAUUUCGCUCUUUAUUGAAGAAAUGGACAGACAAUCAGUUUGGACUUAAUCCGGUAGCGGCUUUGCGAUAUACGCUUGAAAUAACAGACGGCUUAAAUUUCCUCCAUGGGCAACGAGUCUGGCACGGAGACCUAAAGCCGAGCAACAUACUAGUUAAGACUAUCGACGAGGACAUUACACUUCAAAUCUGCGAUUUGGAUGACUUUGUCUUGAUGGAUCUCGGCAGUACAAAUGCUCGCGGCACUCCAAUUUACAUGUCACCGGAGAUGAUCGCUAGAGUCGUUGGUAGCACCGAUGUGAUGCCCGGGGAGAGAACUGAUAUAUGGAGUUUAGGUUGCGUUAUGUUGGACAUCGGUCUAUGCGCAGCUGGUGAAGGAAAGCGCGAACUGUGGAACCGGCAUCUAAAUCACCGACAUGAGAUUAGCGAACAAACGUCCACCGUGCUGUAUGCCUUGUGGAUUAAUGAGCAAGGAUAUGUCCCGUUUAUCCCCGACACUGUUUCCAGAAAUUUUGCGUCAUACAUUGAGAGUUGCUUUUUUAUUAACCCAGAUGACCGGAUUUCCGCGGCAGCACUUAAAGUCCAUUUGCAAGACCAUAUGGAAGCUAUGUACAAGCAUGUCAAAAAGCGAAAUCUUACAUGCAACUCGCGGGAGCAAUCGUAACAGCUUAAAGGACUUGAACACACUGACGAACUAAUCAGGUUUUUUCAUGUACUGACGUGGGAAGUUGAAUUAAGAUGUUCCGUUUUCCAAUAGUUUCCUUAAUUUCGCGUUACUACUAAUCCCUUAGCGGGCGUUUUGUGUUAGCGUGAAUCGAAUAUUCUUCAGAAAUUCAUGGAAAACUGCUGAAUUACUGAACUUUAUAGAACUAUAGUAUCGACAACCGAAAUACUUUCUGUUAUCAAAUCAGCGUUAACAAAACAGCAUUUUAAUGACAAAACAAUGACGAAACUGUUUGGAGUAUGAAGAUUUGCAGUGCAGCCGUCCAUGGUUGAAUGUUAUCCUCCUAUCUGCAGAGCCGAUAGGAGGAGUGUUUCCGCUGCGGCGAAAUUGAUCAGCACCAACUGCUGGC